ACUCCUCUCUCUACUCGCAGCGUGCUCCCUAUACAAUCCUGCUGCCCGUUAUAUCAGACUGUACGUACGCCAAUUUAACGGCGUAAUAAUAUCUGAUCGCAAUACAGUUUUGGAAUAUAAGAAAUGGAGGACAGUGUGAAAUGGGCCACCGACAUUAUUGACCAAAAACUGGAACUCGAGCAAGAAAAUGAGAUCAUGAAACCUCGAUUUCGGAAAAUUGGUUUGAUUGACAUAGACCAGAGUGAAUUCAGUGAAGAGAAGUUCAAACCUCCAAUCAACAAGAAUCUUGCAAAUUUGCAGGGUGAAGAGCGGAUACGGAAGACCUCUGUGGAUUUGCGAAAGGAAAUAGUAGAUGUUGGCGGAAUACAAAACUUGAUUGAAAUACGCAAAAGGAGACAAGAGCGGAAAAAGAAGAAGUCACAAGUAGUCGCACCAGAACCGAAGCCAGAAAUAGAGGGCAUUACAGAACCCAUCAGUCCUGACAGAUUCCUGAAAGCCGCUGUUGAAGGAAAGAUGAAUAUAAUUGAGAAGUUCUUAGAAGAUGCUGGUUCUCCAGACACUUGUGAUGAGUUCAAGCGAACGGCUCUCCAUAGAGCUUCCUUGGAGGGACACAUAGAGAUUAUCAAGAAACUCAUAGACAGUGGAUCUUCUGUCAACUUUAGAGAUCGGCUAGAUAGCACCGCCGUUCACUGGGCCUGUCGUGGGGGUAAGCUGGAGGUUGUAAAGCUGCUACAGGACAAUGGGGCCGAAAUCAAUGUAAAAGACAAGGUUUUCAGCACCCCCCUGCAUGUAGCUACACGUACCGGCCGCGCAGACAUAGUGGAGCAUCUCAUCGCUACUGGGGUGGAUAUAAAUGCCAAGGACAGGGAAGGUGACACCGCGUUACACGAUGCUGUCAGGCUGAACCGGUACAAAAUCAUCAAAAUGCUGAUAAUUUAUGGCGCCAACAUGAUGACAAAGAACGCAGACGGUAAAACCCCGACAGAUCUCGUGCAGCAGUGGCAGUCGGACACCCGGGAAGCACUGGUGAAACAGACAAACCUCGGCUCGGAGAAGCAAUUAUAAAGCGGCUUCUGAUGUGCACAUAGUAGAUUCCCGGAUGUGAUUAUAGUAAAUGCUUCGGAAUAUUAUUUUUGUAAAUGCAAAUUGUUGAUUUAUGUACAGGCAUCUCAUGUUAUAUAGUGUAAACUGAUGUAAAAAGCAUCGCUUCUUAGGAAAUAAAGCUUCUGUUGUGAGUCA